AUGACUUCCAUUAGUUCGUUCGCUCGCGAAUUCCCGAAGACUUUUGGUCGAGACAGCUUGACUGCUGUAGAAGCCAUUAGCGUCCCUGCGACCAAAAAUCAUCCUCUCCCGACUCCUCCCAACUCCAUUUCUCCCUCUCUACCUCCCCAUGGCAUCAAGCCAUACGGGAUGCGUUCGAUCUCGCAGCAGGUCCUCGAGCACGUCGACUCUGACCUCGACUUACACGACGGACCUGGGAGUGAACAGGAUGGGGGUUGUGAUCGCAGUCGCGACGUGGGAUCGCCUGGGCUUGAUGCAGCAGGCAAUAUCACACCAGGACUGCUGGCCAAGUACCAUCUCCCAGAUAUUCUGUUGAACCAUGGGCCGUUGGCCAUCCGACACAUUAUGGGAUUUCUGACCACUGCGGUUCCCGGGUUCUCUGGGAUACCACCAGCGAAGGCCAGAAGACUGGUAGUGGGUGCUUUGGAAGGUCGCGGCAGCGGCGGCGAGGGAGGUGGAGCCAAGGGUAAUGUCAAGUUUGAGAAAGUAGGAUGGGGACGUUGGGACGCCAGGUUGAAGGGCCAGCACGCUAGAAACAGCAGAGGCAAUCAACAAUCGCCAUCCCCAAGUACACCAUCUUCCUAUUCCGAUGGCAUGCCGAUCGCCAAAAAUGGUGGAUGGGGGACUAACAGAGCUCGGUUGAACGCGCCAGGCUCCAGCUGGGCUGGCGAUUCUGCUGUCUUCUCCCACGACGACGAGAUGGACAUUACGAUGCUGGAGAACGAAGCCGACAAGAUGUCGCUUGACGGCGACGACUCUUGUUCAUCUUCCGAAGCCCCCGAUGACGAAGUCAUGGUUGAGGAGGAUUCGGAUGACAUGACCGAUGAAGAGGACUGGGCAGGUGUCGGAGCAGCUGCUCUCCGUGCGGCCUCGUACUCGGCCUCUGGCCCUCGACCCAACUUCCUGUCUUCACAUAUCUAUGGAGGCUCCGGAGGCGGGCGUUCUCUCUCAACAACAGCAAAAACAAUGGCGAAAUCGGUGCCAGUUCGAACUCUCCAAGUUCCCACCAACAUCGAUUUCGAAGCCUUUGGCAUCAGCUCCGACUCACAAGAGCGUGAGGCUGUCGAGGCACUUCUACGACUUGGCUCUGUAUAA